AUGGAAGCAUCUGGCCCAAAGAACUCCACCAAGGCAGUUUUACUCCAUGUGGAUCAAGUACAAGAGAAGAUUGUGAUGCCAAAGCUCUAUCCAAACUCCCUGCUGUUUGCCAAGUGGGGCGAUGACCUAUCAGAAGAGGAACAAAAGGAGGCGGAGGCUCUGUUUCAGAUUUAUGGAUACAACGCCUUCCUGAGUAAUCAGUUGCCAAUAGACAGGAAGCUUCCAGACACCAGAGACAAAAGGUGUCUGAUGAAGAAGUAUCCCAGGGACCUGCCGACCAUCAGCGUGGUGCUGAUCUACAUAAACGAGGCUCUGUCGAUCAUCAAAAGGGCCGUGAGGAGCAUCAUCACCCACACCCCAGAGCACCUGCUGAGGGAAAUCGUCCUAGUGGAUGACUGCAGCACUUACAACGACCUUGGGACACCAUUGCAAGACUUCAUUGAGCAGAUUCACAAAGAGAGGCCUGGACUCAUAAAGAAAGUGCGGCAUAAGCAACACAUGGGGUUGUCCCAGUCCCGGAUCUCAGGUUGGGAGCACGCCACGGCAGAUGUUGUGGCCAUUUUGGACGCCCACAUUGAAACCACGGAGGGAUGGGCAGAACCUCUGCUGGACAGGAUCCAGGCCGACAGGACAGUGGUGGUGUCCCCUGUGUUUGAUAAGGUGCAUUUUGACGAUCUCCACGUAGAAAGAUACAUCCCGUUCUCUCAUGGCUUUGACUGGGCUUUGUGGUGCAUGUACGAGUCCUUUAGGCCAGAGUGGAGGAAGAUGGGGGAUGAAUCGCUGCCUGGGAAGAGUCCCUCUAUUAUGGGGAUCUUUGCAGCAGACAGACUCUUCCUCGGAGAAAUCGGUGGGCUCGAUGGCGGGAUGACAGUUUACGGUGGAGAAAACGUUGAACUUGGAAUUCGUGUGUGGCUGUGUGGAGGCAGCGUGGAGGUGGUGCCUUGCUCGAAGGUAGCUCACAUCGAGAGGGCACACAAACCGUACGCACGCGAUCUCAAUGCCGCCAUGAGGAGAAAUGCCUUGAGGGUCGCAGAUAUCUGGCUGGACGAGUACAAGCGGAACGUGCACAUUGCCUGGAAUCUUCCUUUAAAGAAUCAUGGCAUCGACACCGGCGACGUGUCCGAGAGGAGGAAGCUCAGAGAAAAGCUGAACUGUAAACCUUUCCAGUGGUACCUGGACAACGUGUAUCCAGAUCUGGAAACAAUUGAUAACGUCUUGGGGUAUGGUGUGCUGCAGAACGUCCUUCUGAGGAGCAGUUGUGUGGACCAGGGAGUCGUUCCAGGAAACAUCCCCAUCCUGUAUGAAUGCCACUUCGAGCAGCCACAGCAUUGCUUCUACACCGCAGACGGUGAAAUCAUCAUCGGGGGGAUUAAAUCUCACAAAUAUAACAGUAACCGCUGCCUGGUUGAUCCGGGCUCUGGCAGCACUCCCACCCUGCAGGAGUGUCCGCUGGCUAAGCGACAGCAACUACACAUGCACUGGGACUUCAAACAAGGCCAAUCGAUCAGAAACAAAGCAACAAAGAGGUGUCUUGAGGUCGCCAUGGGAAAAAGCUCUUUCUAUGAGGUCAUCAUUCAACAGUGCAGCGGACAGAGCUGGACGAUUCAGCAUCUUAUCACAAGUUUUUAGUUUAGGGCUUAAACUAUAAAAGGAAAAACUGGAUCUUAUUUUAUUAAUUUUUUUUGACUGAGAAAUUCAACAUUAAAAACAAAUAUGCUUCAUUUUUGUAACAUCUCAUAAAAACGAGAUACCACACUUUAUAUAAGCAGCAUACAAUGUGUCGUAUUAUGUGCAAUAUUCCAGAACCUUCUUUCAGAAUCGUAAUGCAACUUCAUUAUGCCCACUAUGUUUCUAUCUUUUGUUUUUAAUCAGCCACUCGGGUAAGACCUUAGCGGUGUUCGGAGGAAGCAUUCACGCACUUGUCGUGUAGUUCAAGUACAAGCCCUUCAAAAAGGUCUUCUAAAGGGAGGUCUAAUGUCCAACGGCCUCAGUGAGAGAUGCAGCAUGCUAUCCUCUGACGGUCAGUGAGACAGGUCAGUGAGACA